UGUUUGCUGUGGUUAAUUUAAGGAGUGUUUACGGGUUUUGGAAAGCUGCCCCCUCUCAGUCAUGCUUGGUGUCGGAUGGUUUUAAUUUUAUGGUGUUUCUUCGUCGUGUUUCUCGCCUCAUCUGUGGAAAAAUGCAGCAUUUGUGUUGCGUGGCGCUUCUCCUCGUGGCUGUUGGGGUAAUAGAGGGAAAACCUGUUCUCCCUCUUCCUGAUUUUGGGACUUCUUACCAUGUCAAAGGGGUCAUCUCUCUUCCCUACGCCGAGAUCGUCGAGCCGUUUCAGGGCUGGUUCGACCUCGCAUCAAAGUCGAGCAGAAUCGACUACUACCAUGGCCAGGUUUCAACCUACCAGUUGGCGUCCCACCAAGAGUUUGGCGUGGCGUAUAAAAUCACCCCCGAGACCACGGAGACGGAGAGCAAUGUGAUGAAGUGCUUCCAGGUGAACGGAACCAAAGAGGAAGCGGUGCAACCCCAGGGAACGCUGCCCGACCUGCAGGGCUUCCAGUUCCUGAGAAUGGAGUACUACGGGGGGUCGCUAUGUGAGGUGUGGCAGAAUGUGACCACUGUGGGGCACAAGAAGAACACGUACACGCUGUGGGUGGCAAAGUCUGAGAGAGAUGGAAGAAAGGGAACGGCCGUGCCCCUCCACUACGAGAUGAUGGGUUACAAUACCCUGCUGGGGUCCCACUACGACAAGUACCUGGUGGACUACAAGGAUUUCAGCACUCAUCUGGACCCCAAAGUUUUCUCUCUGCCUGAAGGGAUGAGCUGUGGAGGCUUUCCGGGUCCAGGAGUGGAGCACCACAUGCUGGCCAAUCCAAUGAAAGAGAUCAUCCACACGUCCUCCUCAGGACACUCGCAGAAGAUGUUUGGCCACUUCAAGGAGAAGUUCCAGCGUCAGUACGGCGACGAAAGGGAGCACGAGGAGAGGGAGCACGCCUUUCUGCACAACCUGCGCUUCAUCCACUCCAAGAACAGAGCCAGGCUGCCGUUCACCCUCGCCGUCAACUCCCUGGCAGAUCGCACCAUGUCCGAGUUACAGAGCAUGCGAGGAGGAAAACGUGGAAAGACGCCAAACGGAGGGCUGCCCUUCCCCUCUUCACUGUACAGAGGGGUGAAAGUACCAGAGACGCUUGACUGGAGGCUCUAUGGCGCCGUGACCCCAGUGAAGGACCAGGCCAUCUGCGGCUCCUGCUGGAGCUUUGCCACCACUGGAGCAAUAGAGGGCGCUCUCUUCCUGAAGACCGGCUCCCUGCAGGUUCUGUCCCAGCAGAUGCUGGUCGACUGUUCCUGGGGCUUUGGCAACAACGGCUGUGACGGCGGGGAGGAGUGGAGAGCGUACGAGUGGAUCAUGAAACACGGCGGCAUCGCCACCACGGAAACCUACGGCUCCUACAUGGGAAUGAAUGGUUUCUGCCACAUGAACUCAUCAGAGCUGGUUGCACCCAUCAAGAGCUACACCAACGUCACAUCAGGGGACGCGGAGGCCCUGAAGCUGGCUCUCUUCAAAAACGGGCCGGUGGCGGUCAGCAUCGACGCUUCGCACCGCUCCUUUGUCUUCUACGGUUACGGUGUCUACUAUGAGCCUGCCUGUGGUAACACCACAGACGACCUGGACCACGCUGUGCUCGCCGUGGGAUAUGGCACCUUGAACGGAGAGCCCUACUGGUUAAUCAAGAACUCCUGGUCCACUUACUGGGGCAAUGACGGCUACAUCCUCAUGUCCAUGAAGGACAACAACUGCGGUGUCACCACGGAUGCAACAUACGUCACUCUGUCAUAAACGCCAUCUUUAGUUCAUGUAAAAUCACAUAAAGCCACUUUGAGUGCCUGAGUUUGAGAGACAUGUUUAGAGUGCUUUCAAUGAAACAGUCUGAUAAUGUUUCACGCUGCUGCUUUACCUAAAAACACGAGAAAAACCCUUUUGAUCACAUAAGUUUAUUGCAGGAAACACAAAGGCACUCCAGCCUUCACUACACUGUCACACGUCGACAUGUUUCAACUUGUUCUUUAAAAAAUUGAUGCAUUUAAAUAGACUGGAAGACAAUCGCCUGAAUAAAAAAAAAUAUCAAAAGUUA